AUGGUUUUCAUCUAUUUAAAUGGCGAACUGACGACUGUACUUUUAGACGAGGAGCUGGUGUUUCGCGAUCGCUGGGGUGGCCUGACGCUUUUCAAUGUCCGCAACUUCACCACCAGGCUGCUGAUGAACAAUUCCACUUUCAGGGAACUAAAUGCGGUGGACUUCAAAGUAUCUGCAGACCUAAAGUUCGUUCUACUCAUUUCGGACGUUAGGCCUGGCUGGCGACACGCUCGGCUGGCACGCUACCAUGUUUAUGACGUCAUCACCAGGAACAAAAUCCCGAUAUCGCCCGUGGAGGACGACCGCUCGGCACCGUUGCUGCAAUACGCAGAAUGGUCACCAUCUGGCGCCAGCUUGGUGUUCGUCCACAACAACGACAUAUACUAUAAGCCGCGCAUCCUCAAAACCCUCGUCUGCAGGAUCACCAACACAGGCAUCCCGGGGGUCAUCUUCAACGGCGUACCGGACUUUCUAUACGAGACCGAAGUCCUGCGUUUGGAUAGGGCGCUAUGGUUCAGCCCCGACGGCCAGACCCUGAUGUACGUCACGUACAACGACAGCCUGGUACAGCAGCACAAGUAUCCCUGGUACGGGCUGGACCAGCAGGAGCCGCCCGCAUACCCCUCCAUCAAAACAUUGAGAUACCCAAAGGUUAACACGAACAACCCUGUGGUGACGGUGUACGUGGUCAGCCUCAAGACACCAAAGUUCCUCUUCCCACAUGCGAUACAGUUCACAUCACAAGUUGAUAAAAGUUGGUACGUACGCUGGACGAGUUGGCUGACAGAGAAGCAAAUCGGGGUCCUGUUGCUCAAUCGUCCGCAAAACGUGUCGAUCAUCAGCAUCUGCAACGCGGUACACUACAACUGCCAGGACAUAUUCCGCGACGAGACAGACGGCACCAGGUGGUCUGGCCUGGGUGGAGACCCCGACGAGGAAUGUGGCUGGUGCGGCGGUGGAGCCCUGGUGGGGGGUGCGGCGGGCGUGUUCACGUCGGCCCCCAUCACUGAUCAGGGCGGCGUGUGGAGGCACGCCGUUCAACUCACGACCGAGACCAGGAUAACCCUGACUCAGGGCAACUUUGAAAUCACCCAGCUGGUCGGCUGGGAUGAGAGGAGGAGAUUUCUAUACGUGAUGGCCACGGCGCCCGAGCGGGCGGGCGAGCGCCACGUGUACGUGGUGCCGGUGCCAGCGGACGGCAGCUGGCCGCCCCCGCCCCACUGCCUCACCUGCGGGGGCGCAGCGCCCGCCCCCGAACCCUCGGAAGGACACUCGGAGCCCGCCACGGAGGAGCUGGAAUACGAGAACUCUACGUCGUCUCUACCAGCGUGGCCCACGUCCACAGUUCUGCCACAUGUUUCUCACGAGAACGACUCCCUACCAACAGUUUGCCUCUACAACAGAGUUAUGUUCAGCAAAAACUUCUCCUAUUAUGUUCAGGAGUGCCUGGGCCCAGGGCCUCCGGCGACGUUCCUGUGCUCCGCCAACGGCGCGCGCCGCUCCGUGCUCUGGGACGGGCAGCCGCUGAGGCAGCUGUUCGCCGGACUCGCCAUACCGCAGUCCAAGGUCUUCAGAGUCGAGGUGCAAGCGCAUCGUGAGGCGCGCGUGCGUCUGCUACUCCCGCCGGGCUUAAGAGAAACGGAUGACCUGCCUCUACCGCUGGUCUUGCAUGUUUCAGCAGAGCCAGGCGGACAGUUGGUGACGGAACGAUGGAAACCAGGCUGGGGUUGGUACUUGGCAGCCACAAGGAACUUUAUCGUUGCAGAGAUAGAUGCCAGGGGUUCUGGGGGACAGGGUGAAGAAUUGAGAACAGAAAUAUAUCAGAAGCUUUUAUCAGUUGAUGUCGAGGACCAAAUAGCAGUUCUUUCCUACCUGCGCGACAACCUGAAGAUGGUGGACGGCGCGCGCGUGGGCGCGUGGGGGAGGGGCUACGGGGGGGGCGCGGCGGCGGCGGCGGCGGCGGGGGACGCGCGGAACGUCACGCGCUGCCUCGCCGCCGUGGCCCCGCUCGCCGACCUGCGACGCCACAACUCGUACUGGACGGAGCGCUACGGGGGCGCCGCUGCCGGUGCGGCAAGCGGGGCGGUGUGGCGCCGCGCCGGCAACCUGCCCCCGCGGCGGGUGCUGCUCGCGCACGCCACGGCCGACGAGAGGGCGCCGCCCGCCCACGCGCUCGCCCUGGCGCGCGCCCUGGUGCGCGCGCAGGCGCUCUACACGCACCAGGUUUACCCAGACGAGGGUCACAAUUUCGAGCGGUCGUACAUCCAUCUGCAUAAGACGAUGGAGCAGUUCUUCGACGAGUGCUUCGGGCCAGUGGAGCUCGCCGAUUGGGACGCCACUGGGGUCGGGGGUUUGUUCCCGUUUCGAGAC